CAACAUUUUGACAACGUUCAAGUUUGCGUGUGCUCAGCAGACCUGAAAUGUGCUUGGUGUCGAAAAAAAAACGAGAGGGAUGUGUUACAUUGAUCCUAACCAGGGCAGCCCAGCUGAUGCCAUUCUGGUCUACUGUGACUUCACUUGCAGCACCAACGAGCUGUCUGUCUCCGCUCCAGCCUCAGUUUGAGUAUCCAGGACCGGAUGUAGUGCAGAUGAGGUUCCUUAGGUUAAACAGCAGGCUCACCAGUCAGAACAUUACAUACUCCUGCCAGCCUGGGACAGAAAGGGAUCAGGGGAAAGAGAGGUGAAGUUCCUGGCAGACACACGAAGACAAAGUUACCUGUGGACAUUACGAGAGUGUGUGUCCUCUGAGGAGCUGUAUUCCGGAGAACGUCGUGAGUCAGGGUUCCAGUUUGAGAGCGAGGACCUCGAUUUGCUUCCACUGAGAGAUCUGGCAGUGUUAGGAAGCAGUGACCUCACACAGGAGUUUGGAUUCACUGUCGGGUCUGUGUGCUUCAGCUAAAGGAAAGAGAGACACUCUCUCCAAGGACUGAUAAGAGCAGAGACAACAAUGAGACAAUCACCAGACAACCUCCAGCUAGUGGAGAAAUGACUCAGAGAUACUGGAAAGAGACAGAGAAAGGCAUUAGCAUUUCUCCACUUCUCAUGACAGAAUUGUUUAUUGACAAAGUAGAAGUACCAACCAACAGGACAAAGUGUCUGUUUUCUCUCUCCAAAGGUUAACCAGUUAACAAACAUGAACUGGUUGGUCUGUGGCCAGGGAUAUUCUUGAGAGAAAUUAUCUUUGUAUUUUGUGUACACUGAUUUCAUUUGUGAUAUUGAAACAUGCUUAUUCAUGUAAUUGGUUUAAAUGAUGGUGGUUUCCUUAAAUGUUUAUGGUGCUGUAAUUCUGUUUUUUACAAACAUUCCCAUACUUAAUUCAGGUAUGUUCUUGACCAAGAGCACUGUGGCUUACACAACCUUCACUGCCGCAACUUAACAAUGUGUCCCAAAUCUGUGCUCACUCUACCCUUACAUCCCAAGUUAGAAACUAAGGAACAUAUCAAUAUUGAUCCCUUGGUCAAAAAGUAGGAAGACUAAUACAAUGAGGACUAUUAGGAGCUAUGACAAUUAAUUAUUUGUAUUUGGUGAUAACAUGUUAUGCAUUAUUGCAGCACCUGAUAGAUGCAGUAGCCUAACUACCAUUGGUGAAAUUGUAAUGUUCUGAUGUCUGUUGAUACAGAGGAACAAUGCGGUACCAUAAAACAUUUUUGUUAAAGUUGAUGUAUAUAGGUCAUUCAAUAAGACCAACGUUGACGUUUUCUGUAGAUUCUUUGUGUCUCCUGUGUUUUUACCUCACUGUGAUGAGGAUGAGGUGAUGAGGUGAUGUCCCUGCUAGAGGUUUAUCUUUGUCCCUCCUCAAUUUACCACAUGAUUGUACACUCUGACCUGGCUUUAUCCUACCAUGAACCCCAACUUGAGAAGCUUUGACAAGGGAAAAAUGACUCCCCAGUUCUAUGAAAAACAGUUCUGAUUCGAAUGGAAAAACUCCAGGAGGGACUUUAUGUGGUGGCUGCUCUUGAUAAUGUGCUUACAAUUGAUACUGGAUUGCAUGCAGCAGGCUUUGAACAUAGUAUGGAACUUCAAUGACAGAGACAAAGGUAUCUUUAAAGUUUUGCUCAGUUUCAUCUUUGCUGAAAGGUGUGUGUUUGUAAAUUGUGUGAUUUACUUAAUUUAUUUGCUGGCCAGUUUUCUUCAAGUGUUUUAUGUAUCCAGUCAAUGAUCUCUCUCUCUCUCUAAUAUUUAUAUAUAUAUAUAUAUAUAUAUAUAUAAAAUCCAUAUGCUCUCAUGUUUUGUAAUAUGCACACGAGAUACCAGUAAUUGUUUGGGGUUCAACUGAAAUAUAUGAAUAAAUUAAAGUAUUGUACUAAUUUAUUCAUAAUUCAUUGGUAUUGCCCCUCCACAAAAAGCACCCAAACAAGUGGAAAAUAUAAGCCAUUUUAAUUCAAACUUAAAGCACUUAAAAAGCGAUGUGAUUUGACUACAUUAGAUUAAUGAACAUUAACUACCGAUGAAGAAGCUAUGAUGUUUCAUGAAAAUAAUCGGGCGAAGUGUUGACAUGAGAGAAAGGCGAUAACUACAGUGUAUCGUCCUCAGUCAUUGUUGCCCCUGCUCUGAUCGCUCAGAUGACUUUUUCCUGACACUGAGCAUAGACAUUUCUGCUGCUGUUGAGUAGAGGACCAUUCUCUUCAAGCACUGUGCCUAUGACUUCACCGUGGGGUGGGCUGGAGACAUGAACCCACCAUCAAGGACGGACUUUGUGUCUUUAACCCUCACUGGACAAGGAAGUGGCAUCUAUAAUAACAGUAAACAGUGGAGAAGACAGUCCUGCUGGAGGAAAUGGAAACUGUUAUCCAGAUUGCAGCGCAACCUAAUCCUCUUCACCGUGGCUCUCAUGUUAGUUUGUGGGAUUGCUACUAACCCCAGUGUCACAGAACAUUUCCGAGGCUUGGCUGUUGUUGCGAAGGAGGAAGGGGACCAUGCUCUGAAACCUGUCAUCCAUGAGGUCCAACCUGAGUUGGACAAACUGAACCGACCGUUAGUACCAGAGUCACCUUCAGAGAAGCAGAAGAGGGCAGCCCACAAGCGGGGGCCACCCGGCCUGCAGAACCGACUGCAAAAGAAAGGGAACGUGUCAGAUACCCAGGUGGAGAAAGAGGAGGGAGAGAAGCCACUUGUUAACUGGCGUGUGGCCAUGAUUGACCAAGCCACUGAAAGAAGAACUGCCAAGGAAGCAGCGAACAAGGUGGAUGUCCCAGAGGUUGAGCAAGAGGGCCAUUCACACAAGGAGCCAGAAGUCGAUAGGCUUGAGGCAGUACGUGAUGCUUUCAGACAUGCAUGGAAGGGCUACAAAGAGUUUGCCUGGGGGAAAGAUGAGCUGAGGCCCAUGUCUAAGUCCUAUGGAGAGUGGUUUGGCCUAGGCUUGACCCUAAUUGAUGCACUGGAUACAAUGUGGAUCCUCAACCUCAAAAAAGAGUUUGAGGAGGCUAAGACCUGGGUGUCCACAGAGCUGUCCUUUGAUAAAGACGUGGACGUGAACCUGUUUGAGAGCACCAUCCGUAUCCUGGGCGGCUUGCUAAGCACUUACCAUCUGACUGGAGACACUCUGUUCCUGGACAAGGCUAAAGAUAUAGGAACGAGGUUAAUGCCUGCCUUCAACACCCCAUCCAAGAUCCCCUACUCAGAUGUGAACAUUGGGAAGGGUACGGCCCACCCCCCUCGAUGGACGUCGGACAGCACUGUUGCGGAGGUCACCAGCAUCCAGCUGGAAUUUAGGGAGCUGAGUCGCCUCACUCAGGACACACGCUACCAGGCUGCAGUGGAUGAGGUCAUGCAGAAAGUCCACAAGCUGGAGGGGAAGCAGGAUGGCCUCGUCCCCAUGUUCAUCAACACCAACAGCGGCCAGUUCACCCAUUUGGGGAUGUUCACGCUGGGUGCACGGGCAGACAGCUACUACGAAUACCUCCUCAAACAGUGGAUCCAGGGAGGCAAGAAGGAGACGGCGUUGCUGGAGGAUUACCUGCAGGCCCUGGAGGGAGUGAAGAAGAACCUGCUGAAGAAGUCCUCUCCGAACAGGCUGACCUUCGUUGGGGAGCUUUCCCAUGGCAGGUUCAGCCCCAAAAUGGACCACCUGGUGUGUUUCCUCCCUGGGACCCUGGCUCUAGGGGCCCACCACGGCCUGCCAGCAGAACACAUGGAGCUGGCCAAGCAGCUGAUGGAGACCUGCUUCCAGAUGUAUGCCCAGAUGGAGACUGGCCUGAGCCCUGAGAUUGUCCACUUUAACAUGCACGAGGGCAGCAUCGGAGAUGUAGAUGUGAAGCUUGCAGACAGACACAACCUCCUGCGCCCUGAGACGGUGGAGAGCUUGUUCUAUCUGUACAGGUUCACUAAAGACAGGAAGUACAGGGACUGGGGCUGGGAGAUCCUUCAGAACUUCAACAAGUAUACCAAGGUUUCUACUGGUGGCUACACGUCCAUCAACAACGUCCGGGACCCAGAGUACCCCAGCCCCCGGGACAAGAUGGAGAGUUUUUUCCUGGGGGAGACUCUCAAAUACUUCUACCUGCUGUUCUCCGAUGACCCGGAGCUGCUCAGUCUGGACAAGUAUGUGUUCAACACAGAGGCUCACCCCUUGCCCAUCUGGCCCACUGCACAGUGAGAGAUACACAGGGCAAGUCAACAUGAAGCACAUAUACAGUAAUACAUCACAGCUCAGGGCUUGGCUAACACCAAUAUAUCUAGUUUUUCCUUAUUGCAUAUCUCAGUGACUCAAAUUUGGGUUGGUUUACCCUCUCCUAAAUUGAAAACUCUGGAAAAAAAAUGCCCAUUUUUAAAAGCCGGAAUUCAUUGUUUGUUUAAAAAGUGAUUGUUACAGUCAUGAUGGGGAGGGGUUGCAGCAGUGCUGGGGUGAGAUUGAAGCGUAGUAGCUUUGAUAUACAGUGGGGCAAAAAAGUAUUUAGUCAGCCACCAAUUGUGCAAGUUCUCCCACUUAAAAAGAUGAGAGGCCUGUAAUUUUCAUCAUAGGUAAAACACAAAAUGAGAGAAAAAAUAAUUUUAUUAAUUUAUUUGCAAAUUAUGGUGUAAAAUAAGUAUUGUAUCUAUGAUGAAAAUUACAGGCCUCUCUCAUCUUUUUAAGUGGGAGAACUUGCACAAUUGGUGGCUGACUAAAUACUUUUUUGCCCCACUGUAUAUUUGGUUAUCUUUGUCUGUUCUCGCCACAUUGCUGCUGAGAGGGCCUGUCUAUCCUCUGAUGACAGUUGUUUACUCUGAAGGAAGAGUGGAAAACAUGACAGGCAGCCAAGCUAUGUCCUUGGAUCAUCAUGGUUAUUUUGUACACCAACACUAGCUGUGCCUAGAUUGGAGGCAGCAGCAGCCUGAGAGGAAGUGCUAGUUUGACAGAAUACAGCACUGAGUGACCAGUGACACUCCCUAUCAUGGACUUCCCACAUGAAGAAAUUCUAUAGUAUACUAUGGUAUAAAUCACUGUAGUGUAUACUGUAGUAUUUACAGUUAACUAUAUUAUAAGUACUGCAGUAAAGGAAAACAGUAGUAUACUGUAGUAUUUAUUAUAGUGUUUUUGUUGUAUUAUCUUUGACAUAGAAGGGGAGGCUUUCUCCUUCCAAAAACCUACUGGAGAAUAACUAAUGAAGCACAUUUUCCAUAACCUGUAGGUAGGUAGGACUGGGGUCUGAAUGGAGAGUUCAGAGCUUCUGUUCUUUUCUAUAACCUGUAGGGAACACAAUAUAUAGUCUAUACUUGGCAUAUAGGUUUCUCACUUAUGGGUGGUGCAAAUUGGGAUAUGGGGGAGGGGAACGGGCACAGUAUAUGCUAAUUAAAUACUGUAGUAUUUACUAUAGUUAUAAAAGAGUAGUGUUUUUGUGGACAUUACUGUAGUAUUUACUAAAACAUUCUAUAGUAAGUUCUACACAUAAUUGAGGGAUACUACAGUGUGUAGUAUAAUAUACUACAGCUUACUAUGGAAUUCUAUAGUAUGUACUGUAGUAUUCAUUUUUUUAAUGUAUGUGUGUUUACAGUAAAUGACCAAGUAUUGUGAUAAAACAUUCUGUGUCCCUGGAUCCUCUCACUCUCCGGUCUCUUGAUCGCAUUCUUAAGAAAUGGUUUAUACAGAUUUUGAAAAGAAAAUCAGUCAUGUCAGGCAUAGAUUAGUCUGAUUUUAAUUGCAUACUGUGAACCUUUUUGUGUAUGGGGACUGCAAGCACUUAUUCUUUAAUUUCCUUGUGUUUUGUAUUUGACUGACUCAGCUGCUAUUAUAUUUAAUGAAUGUUACAUUUUCCUUAUUUGUCAUGCUUUCCUUUGUUGUGGGGUCAAACUAGUGUAAGUGGGAGUGGACAUUUGUCUAAUUUUAGUUAUACAAAUGUUUGAGAUUUAAGCUGAAUUUAGUUAGUAUCAUUUUAAUUAAUUUAGUGUAUUGUGGUAUACUACAGUGCCUUCAGAAAGUAUUCAUACCACUUGACUUAUUCCACAAUUUGUUUUUGUAGUCUGAAUUCAUAAUUGAUUAAAUAAAUGUAUUCUCUCACCCAUCUCCACACAAUACCUCAUAAUGACAAAGUGAAACCCUGUUUUUAGCAAAUUUAUAAAGAAAUGUAAUGCAUAAGUAUUCACACCCCUGAGUCAAUACAUGUUAGAAUCACCUUUGGCAGCUUUGCUUAAAGGUGAAUUUGUCUCCCAGUGUCUGUUGGAAAGCAGACUGAACCAGAUUUUCCACUAGGAUUUUGCCUGUGUUAGCUCUAUUCUGUUUUUUAAAUUAUCAUUAACUCCCUAGUUCUUGCCAAUGACAAGCAUACCCAUAACAUGAUGCAACCACCACCAUGCUUGAAAAUAUGAAGUGUAUCUUUGUAUUGGGGCGGCAGGGUAGCCUAGUGGUUAGAGUGUUGGACUAGUAACCGAAAGGUUGUUCGAAUCCCCGAGCUGACAAGGUACAAAUCUGUCGUUCUACCCCUGAACAGGCAGUUAACCCACUGUUCCUAGGCCGUCAUUGAAAAUAAGAAUUUGUUCUUAACUGACUUGCCUAGUAAAAUAAAGGUAAAAUAAAUACAUAAAUUGACUGGGUGUUUUGGUACACCAUUUAUAGUGUAAUCACUUCACCAUGCUCAAAGGGAUAUUCAAUGUCUGCUUCUUUUUUUUUUUUUACCCAUCUAUCAAUAGGUGCCCUUCUUUGCGCAGCAUUGGAAAACUUCUAGUCUUUGUGGUUGAAUCUUUAUGAAAUUCACUGUUCAACUGAGGGACCUUACAGAUAAUUGCAUGUGUGGGGUACAGAGAUGAGGUAAUCAUGUUAAACAAUUAUUGCACACAAAGUGAGUCCAUGCAACUUAUGUGACUUGUUAAGCAAAUAUUUACUCCUGAACUUAUUCAGGCUUGCCAUAACAAAGGGGUUGAAUACUUGACUCAAAAUUUUAAACUGCAACACAACAAAAUGUAGGAAAAGUCAGUGUGUGACUACUUUCUGAAGGCACUGUAUAUCUGGAUAGGCUGUAUCAUUCCUGUAAAUAUCUAUUGGGAAUGUAAUAUGUACAUUUUUCACUCUCAUGAUUCUAUUUGUAGUGGUAUUUUAUUUAAACGUUUUUGAGACUCAAUUCAACAUCCUAGGUGUAUAGAGUGAGAUUUUUGUUUCCUUCCCAAUUGGAAUGUUCAGCGAGCUCCUCCUUCAGUGUUGCUUCACUUGUGCCUUCAACGUUGCCCUGGAUAACCUUAUGAAACUAUUUUGACAUCAUUCAUAAAUUGCUGUUUUGUUAUGGAAAUGUGGAUAGUUGUGCACAGAUUUUUGUUUUACAUAUUCAUGGUGUGGAAUAAGGAAUGUCAUUUUCCAACAGUCUUUCAACCAUUUGCUGGAUGUACUUCCGUAACUUUCAAACUGUGCAUGCACUUAUAUCACGAAUAAGGGCUCUCUGCUUGCUAUCCCUCUUUCACAUUUCUGAUCAGUUAUUAUACUGCUGGUUGGAUUUCAGAUUCCUUUAGAACUCUGAUGUUUCUCAAAAUGGAUUCUAAACGUUUAUAAACCAAAGAUAUCCUGGUUAUUACAAUAUCUGGAAUGAAUCUACACUUCAUUCUGUGAGGAAUGACAAAAUAAGCCAUUUCCCUAAGCCAUGUUUUAUAACAAUGUAACAAUGUAAGGACUAUUGGAGUUUUUGAUACAGCAUCUGAAGUCAGCUGCAGCCUGCUGACAGCUGUUAGCUAACCAAGGUCAACAGCGUGUUAUUACUGUCUUGGUUAAUCACGUCUGCUGUUCUGAUUCCCUCAAGCUGUGGAGGACCAUUUUAUUUCAAACUGCUAAUGCCAUAUACCCACCUGGGACCUUAAGGCAAAAUAAGAAAUAUAAGUUAUUGUAUUUUUCUUGCAUAUUGUAAACAUUUGCAGUCAAUGUUACACAUUGGUCAGAAUCUCUCCAUUUCAAUUCAACUAUGCGCCUAUGACAUUUGCAACACUGUAUUUUGGAACCGCCCGUGUGAUGAGACUGCAACACCACUGACUCAGAUGGAAAGUAGUACACCCAUGUCUUGAUUUAAAUCUCUUUCAACUUGGGCAUGAACAUGCUAAACCAAGGGCUGGGAGCUAAUGAGACCAGUGUUUCUGGGUCUGUGAACUGUUUUUAAGUCAUGGCCUUUCAAAAUGUGUUAUGAAUCAUGUCACUUAGUUUUAUUAAACCAUGGACCUGCUUUAAUUUUGUAUAAAUGUCAACAUUAAAAUACUUUUAUUGAACAUUUUA